AUGAUUAAGUACAUCUUUUUCUUCAUAGUAUGUUCAAUAAUUUCGAAGCCCUUGGCUGCGGAAAAAUUGGUUAACGGAACUUGUCCAUCUAAUCAAAGAACAUUUUGCUAUGAUGGCAUUAUUGUACCUAUGUGGAGACCAUCCACAGGCAUAACUGCAGGCGACAAAGCUGCCAGGGCUAUCGUUUACUUUUCAGCACUCAUGUAUUUGUUUUUGGGUGUAUCUAUAAUCGCCGAUCGUUUCAUGGCAGCAAUCGAAGUGAUUACUUCGCAAGAGAAAGAAGUGACUUUGAAGAAGAAGAAUGGGGAAACUCAAACGAUAUCUGUCCGCAUAUGGAAUGAAACCGUUUCAAAUUUAACUUUGAUGGCUUUGGGGUCUUCUGCUCCCGAAAUUUUAUUAUCUGUCAUCGAAAUAAUUGGGAAGAACUUCGAAGCUGGAGACUUGGGUCCUGGUACUAUUGUCGGUUCUGCAGCUUUUAAUUUGUUUGUUAUAAUCGGUGUAUGCAUAAUUGUUGUUCCUGAUGGACAGGUUCGCCGAAUUAAACAUUUAAGUGUCUUUUUCAUCACGUCGUCAUGGAGUCUGUUCGCUUAUCUCUGGAUGUAUCUCAUUAUAGCAGUCUUUACCCCUGGAGUAGUAGAAGUUUGGGAGGCACUGCUUACGUUUAUCUUUUUUCCCAUCAUUGUGAUUUGUGCAUACUUAGCAGAUACGAAAAUUUUCUUCAAAAAGUUUCUUAAGAAGAAAUAUCAUGCAACUGCCCUAAUGAAAGCUGCAAACGGUGAUUUAGAAUUAACUAACCACACUGAAGAGGUGACCUAUGCUCCUACUGAUGGGGAAUCGCUAGCUGAAGAAUCGGAAUUCGAUCGCCAUCGUAUGGAUUAUGUGGAAGCUAUUAAAGAAAUUAGGAAACGAAAUCCAAAUAUCGGAAUGAAAGAACUAGAAGAACUAGCGCAAAUGGAAGUGCUAAAUAAGGGUCCCAAGUCCAGGGCUUAUUACAGAAUGCAGGCAACACGUCAACUUACAGGAAGUGGAAAUGUUAUCAAAAAAGCUAAGGUUGAACGUCGAAUGUCUUUUGAUGAUAACCGACUUACAACAGAAACAUAUCCUCCACACGUUCAGAGGUUCUUUUUUAAUCCUGGUCACUACACGGUCAUGGAAAAUGUUGGGACAUUUCCUGUGACAGUUACUCGUGUCGGUGGGGAUAUGCACGCCGUUGUUUCUGUUGAGUACUUCACUCUAGAUGGAACUGCAGUCGCUGGAGAAGAUUAUGAACCAGUUAAAGGUCUACUGUUGUUUUCAGCUGGCGAAACACACAAACAAAUUAUGAUUUCAAUUAUUGAUGACGAUAUUUUUGAAGAAGACGAACAUUUUACUGUCCAUCUGAGAAAUCUUGAAGUAAAACAUUCUUCUACCAAAAUCGAGCCUGUUCUGGUUGACCCCAUGGUUGCUACUAUUAUGGUUCUGGAUGAUGACCAUUCUGGAGUUUUCCAGUUUGAUGUGGCUGAUCUUACCGUCAGUGAGUCUUGUGAAUACGCUGAAAUCAAAGUACAACGUGUUUCUGGUUGCCGAGGUAUCGUUCGAUUACCAUACCAGACCGUCGAGGGUACUGCUAAGGGAGGAGGAAAGGAUUUCGAAGAUAUGGUCGGAUAUAUAGAAUUUCAAAACGAUCAGACGGAGGAGACCAUUCGUAUUCGUGUAAUGGACGAUAAUAAUUAUGAGAAAUCAGAGUACUUCUAUGUACAACUUGGUGAACCAGUUCUUAUUGACAAAGAUGUUCCAAGUCAUUUAUUUGCCCGCAUUGCUCAACGAUCAGAUAGUUUAAUAAGUGGUAAUAGUUCAAUGAAAAGGCGUAAUUCACGAACACCUAGUACUAAAGAUGGAAAUCUCAAUCCACGUAAAUCUCUUGGUUUCGUAGAAACUGGCCAACCACGAUUAGGCCAACAAACAAGAAUUAAGAUUACAAUUACAGAAAGUACAGAAUUCAAGAACACUGUCGACAGGUUAGUUAAACAAGGGACACUGGCCUUGGUGGUUGGUACAUCAUCUUGGAAAGAACAGUUCAUUGAAGCGAUUACUGUCAGUGCUGGAGGCGAUGUUGAUGACGAAGAAGGAGAAAAAUUACCUACAUGCAUGGAUUAUGUGAUGCAUUUUCUGACCGUUUUCUGGAAAGUUCUCUUUGCAUUUGUCCCACCAACAGAUUAUGGCGGAGGUUGGUUUUGUUUCACCGUAUGUAUAUUGGUUAUUGGUGUUUUGACGGCAGUCAUAGGAGAUGUAGCAUCAUCAUUCGGUUGUUCAAUUGGAUUGACUGAUGCUGUUACUGCAAUUACGUUUGUAGCACUUGGCACCAGUUUACCAGAUACAUUUGCAAGUAAAGUUGCUGCUGUCGGUGAUCAAUACGCUGAUUCAUCUAUUGGCAAUGUAACUGGUAGCAAUGCUGUAAAUGUAUUCUUAGGCAUUGGUCUAGGCUGGAGUAUAGCUGCUAUAUAUCAUGCAAUUAAAGGGACACAAUUUUUAGUUCAACCAGGAUCAUUGGGUUUCUCUGUUACUACGUAUUGUAUAUUUGCUUUAGUGGCAAUUUUCUUAAUAUUAUUUAGACGUAAAAAAUCUAUUGGAGGUGAAUUGGGUGGUCCAAAAGUUGCAAAAUAUAUUUCAGCUUCAUUUUUAUUUUUCUUAUGGUUUGUUUAUAUUCUUUUAGCUGGUUUAGAAAAUUACUGUAUUAUUGAAGGUUUUUAAUUAUUAAAAAAAAACAAAUAAACGAAGAGAUGAGACAAGAAAAAGAGGAAAAUUGCCUUCAGUAACAGCAUUACACAAUCUAAUAAGUAAAGCAUCUACUUUUAUAUCAUA